UCCGACGAGCAGCCUCUGCCUUCGCCCGUGCUCGUCUGCAGCCUGCUCCAAGAAGCACCGGCCGAGGUCGGGACUCGCGGGGCGCUGGGCGCGGCUCCGCCGGGCGCCGUGGAGGAGAUCAUUCAAAACGCGGUCGACUGUGAGGCAGAGGGCUAG